AUGAUACACAUUUUAUCAUACCAUAUAAUCAUUUAUAGUAUGGUAGAAUCCCUAAACCCUAAAAUACGGAUCCCUGUUCAUGGUACCUCACGUGCGCCAACAUCAUUGCUCAUACUACACAUUCGUGUACCGAAUAUCUCCCCAGCAUUGAGGCGUAAGAGUAGCUUAGGCUCGACUGCCUCAGCACAGGCACAGUAUCUCAACGAUGCAACAUAUCACCAAGACCCCAUGAAGCCCACUGGAAGCAGGCUAGCGUUUGUGGAUGUCUUGGUAGUGGGACGUAUAGGAAGAGCCACGCCUACACUGCAGCGUCAGAUAGCGGAGGUAUAG